AUGAUCGACCACCAGGCGCUUGUAACAAUCUUGGACCGUUACACCUUGGACGCGGUUGAAAAUCCGAAAUUGCAACGUCUAAAAGAGAGGCUCACGCCAUUUGUAUUUACAACCGUGUGGAGGAAAGGGCGGGAUCAUGCGAUUCCGGACGCGCUGUCACGCGCUCCGGUGAACGACCCCGGACCAGAGGAUGAAGCGUCCAGUGACGACGUUCAGGCAUUCGCGUGGACCAUGACACUGAGGCGAGUUGCAGCCAUCACCGGUACAAGCUCGGACGAUGACGAUCAAUCAGAUCCGUCGCUCGAAAAUUCGUUUGGACGUACGGGCAUGGUGCUCAACAGCCUACGCGAGGUCGCAACAGCCGACGAAACGUAUCUUGAUCUCAUAGCCGCCGUCGAAGCCGGAUUCUCCGCUCGUCGUGAAAUAACCGCUCCAUCCGUGCGACAAUACUGGACGAUCCGGCAGGAUUUAUCCGUGGACAACGGCCUGGUGCUUUUCGGAAAGCGCAUCGUCAUCCCCCAACGCUCCCGCCGCGACAUCCUCGUGAAACUCCACGCCGCCCACCAGGGGAUCGUAAGAAUGAAACGACGUGCCCGUCAAACGAUCUACUGUCCCAGCCUGAACAACGACAUAGUAUCGAUGGUCGAACGCUGCCAGGCCUGCCAAGAACGUCUCCCGUCUCAACAACGAGAGCCCCUCCUCCGUGACGUCCUACCAGAGCGCGUCUUUGAAGAAGUAACGGCGGACCUGUUUGAGUCUGGCCGCCUCCAUGUGCUGGUUUAUACCGAUCGCUUAUCUGGAUGGCCGGUGAUCCACCGCUGGCAUCACGCCCCGACCGCACGCGAAUUAAUUCAGGCAGAGCGACGGCGGCCCACAAUUUGCCAGAAACGUCCAGAACGCGCUACGGAAUUGGGCGUGGAAUGGCAGAACUCAUCGCCGUAUUACGCCCAAAGCAACGGCCAUGCCGAAGCCGCGGUGGACGCCAUGAAACGCUUGGUCGAAAAAAUCGCUCCUGCCAGGGACCUCGACUCCGACGAAUUCCUCCAAGGCCUACUCGAAUUUAGGAACACGCCGCGAGAAAACGGGAUGUCUCCAGCCGAAAUGAUGGCGGGAAAUCAUGGUGCCCGUGACCGGCAGCUGGAACUCGACGGAGCCGUGAAAUGGAUAUACAACGAGCGGGCCCGUUCAUUGUCACCACUUCUCAUCGGAUCACGGGUUCGCGUCCAAAACACGUCGACUCUGUUAUGGGACAAAGGAGGCGUCGUCGUGAGCGUGGGAAAGUACAGUUCAUAUCGGGUCAAGUUCGCCAGCGGGAGUGUGCUAUGGCGGAAUGGGCGACACCUGCGGCCGAUGAUUACCGACAACGAACCUGCCCCGCCACCAGCUAGCACCGAUAACGAGACGAACAACGACGGCGACAUCGGCGACGACCCAGCCCUGGGUCCAGACGCGGCUCGACAACAAGCAGAUCCACCGGCGCCAAUCAUCCCCCGACGAAGCGGGCGAAUCCGCAAACCAAAUGUUUGA